ACCAUGUAUUUAUUAGAUCAUGGUCAUUCCUGCUCGUGUCAAAAAAUAUGGAAGAGAAAAGUGUUUGAUUUUUGAUAAUCACUACAUUUUCAAGAGGUUUUCAUAAUGGCAGAACUUUUAUUGGACCCAAAUAUUCGUAGUUGGGUAUUUUUACCGAUUGUCGUUAUAACGUUUUUAGUAGGAAUAGUUAGACAUUUUGUUUCUAUGUUACUGUUCUCACAAAAGAAAAUCGAAGUUCAGCAAGUACAAGACAGCCAAGUAAUGAUGCGUUCGAGAUUGCUGAGGGAGAAUGGUCACUAUAUUUCCAAAUAUGGCUUCAAAACGAGGAAGCAGUUCUUCAAUAAUGAAGAAAUGGGAUACUUUAAGACACAGAAGCGAGCACCAGUUACCCAAAAUCCAAUGGCGGAUCCUAGCAUGAUGACCGAUAUGUUGAAGGGAAACAUCACCAACGUUCUUCCGAUGGUAGUCAUUGGAGGAUGGAUCAACUGGAUGUUUUCUGGAUUCGUUACAACGAAAGUUCCAUUUCCACUAACUCUGCGCUUUAAGCCAAUGCUGCAGCGUGGAAUCGAAUUGACAACCCUAGAUGCUGCUUGGGUCUCCUCGGUGUCCUGGUAUUUCCUGAACGUAUUCGGGUUACGGUCAAUUUACACCUUAGUCUUAGGAGAGAACAACGCAGCCGACUCUACGAGACAAUUGCAAGACCAGGUAUCCAUGUCAGCAAUGUCGAUGCCUCCUGACCCCAAAGCCGCUUUCAAAGCCGAGUGGGAAGCCCUGGAAAUUUGCGACCACAAUUGGGCUCUCAGCGGAGUCGACGCAUCUCUCAUUGGUCUGAAAAGCAGCUCUGAGGAGAGUUCUUAUUACCAAAGCAAAGCCACAUGAAAGCACCGAAAAUCUGUUUCUUCAAAAUAAACUCAUGUACAAUAAAGAAGAAGUUGAGGAGAAACAAGUUGCAAGCUCAACAGUUUUCUUCAGAGAAGUUCGGAAUACUCUUUCUGAAAAAUGUGUGGUCUGGGAAGAGUUUGUUAACAGUUUUGCUAUUGUUUUCCUAUUGUCUAUAGAAGAUAAUUUUCAAUACUUGUAUCUCAAAUAUCACAAAUGUGCAUAGUAUCAGCUGGGUAAAUUAAAGAGGAACUAUUUUCUCUCAUUUGUAAGUAUUGCGAGACAUUUUAGCGUUUCACUAAUAUACUAUCUACUAUAUUAAAAAAAUAUAUAGAAAAGCUAUUACAAGAAUGUAAAAAUUAUUAUAUGAAUACAAUAAUACUAAGAUCGAUGUUUCCUAUUUCAAGUUAUUAAUAAACAAGUACU